CAUUCCAUCUCAUUCUCCAUUUCUCCAUGCCAUCUUUCUCGUGUUCAUUUUCCCUCGGAUUUCCCCCAGUUUCAACAGUGUUUCCUUCUCGAUUUGACUCCUCAUGCCAUAAGAUGCCCAUUUCCCUGAGAGUGGUCCUAUCCUCGGGUGUUAGAGCAACCUCCCUCGCCUAGGUUCUGAGCGUCGCUUACCUAUCUUGACGCCAUCGUGUGUGAAAAUGGCUCUUCGACCCGCUCCUCUCACCUCCAGAAGCCUGGCAGCUUCGGACAUGGGCUCCAUGGCCUCCCUCUCUUCCGCCAGUUCUUUCGCCCGGGCCGACGCUUGCGGAAACACGACAGCGAGCGCCACCCGUGUUGCUCCGUUGGCUAUUUGCACAGCGCAGCAGCUGCAGCAGCAGCAGAAGCCUCCAUCUCAAACCCGCACCGCGCUUUCUCACAGCACUCCCGCCGGGCCAUCGCAAGCGCGCACCGCGCUUUCUUACCGCACCCCCACCGGGCCGUCCGCGCGCGAACGAGUUCCAAAACUUCACGCGACGACGGCGGAUAGCGUAUCAAUUUCGAUGCGCCUGCACCAAGUAGCACCGGGCGAGACCCUCUUCUCCAUCGCCGCCAGUUACCACCUCCCCCUGGACGCGCUCCUUGCGGCCAACGCCAAGCCGUCGCCCGCGGUGCGAGUGGGGGAGGUGAUAUUCCUUCCCCUCCCCGCGAAAGACGGCGAUGCGACGAGAUUCGCGACGGCUCCAAAAGGGAACGCGAAAGGCGGCGAUUGGGCGGGGAGAAAUGGGGCUGAGGACAGAAGCGGCGAAGCCCGAAGCAAUCACGGCGAGCGGGUGCGGAGCAAUGACGGUGCGCGAAGCGCGGUGGAGAGUGCGUCUGUCGAGAGCGGGUCGAAGCGGCAGGACGUAAGUGAUGUGCCUCCCGCCGAACCACCCUGUCAGGCUCGUGAUGGGUAUGUUGGCUCGGAGGAGCCGCCGCUUAGCCUAGAAGACGCAGAGAUCAAGGUGUCGCAGUACGUUGCCCUGAAGCUUAGAGAGAAACCCGGGGGAAAUUACCCUCAGAAAUACGCUGCCGGCCCGAGUGCUGGGCAGCAGAGGUACGAGUCGGACAGGCAGGCGAGCAGGAAAACGAGAGGAGAAAUUGAAAGGGAGGGGGUGCUUCUGGGGGGUCGUAGGGAAAGCAGGGAGACCGUCGGAGGCGACAAAGAGGGGUUGAGAAGCCGGGGACUUGGGAAGGCAGAAGAGGCGAGAAGAGGGAGGAUGGACGGUGUGGGGGGGUUGGGCCGGAUUGAGGAGAUAGAGAGGUGCGAAGAGAGGGAGGUGGCGUCUGCUUUUGCCAGCGUGGCUGCUCCUAAGAUCCCUUAUCUCGACUGCACAUCUACGGCCUCCUCUGCGGCUCCUCGGCCCUCCAUCACCCGUCAUCGCACAUCGUUAAGGCAACAACCGCAACAGCAGCCACAUCAGCUGCAUAUGCAGCAGCCACGACAGAAUGAGCGGAAGCAAAAGCAGCAGCAGCAGCAGCGCAUUGCAGGUGGGAUGGUGGGAGGAAGCUUGGGAGAAAGCCAGGGCAGGAGCACCUUUUUUGGCAGCCCUGCCCGACAAUUUGCAGCCACUGUCGGGCAGCAGCAGCAGCUCUUGCUGCCCAAAAAACAACUUUCUGUUUGGGCGCAGCAGAGCAGUGGGCGUUGGCCGGUUAUUCUUGGUCUGACCGUGGCAGUUGCUGCUGGAGGGGUGGCAUGGGGCAGCAGGGGUAGGGCAAUAGGCACGACCAGCGCACAGGGAUGGUUGAGCGGACAUAUAGGUGGAUUGUUUGGAAGUGAGGGGCGCAAUGGAAAAGAGGGGAGCAAGCAGGAGCAAGGCUCGAAGAAGGAUCUGGAUUUCUCCAAGAGGGCUCUGAGGAAUUAUUUAAGCUCCAAGGCUGCAGCAUCAGAUGGCACAGGUUUAGCGGUAGCAGACUUAUCAGGGAGCAGCAGCUACAGCAGCAGCAGCGACAGCAGCAGCAUUGAGAUACUUAGCAGCGGUGGCCAGCAAGCGACCGUCCGCCUUUUGCCACAAGAGGCAAGCCAGGAGCCGUUUGCGGAAGUGCACAGCGUAGAGUGUGAUGCCGACACAGCUGGUGAUGCUGCAGAGACUGCUGUUGCAAUAAGAGGUGAGGACCGUGAGGAACCGGGGGUUCACGUUAUUGGGCUUGAGGCGUACAAGUCUCAAAGGAUCGAGGCUACUGGGUUCAAGGCAGUCGAGGACGAGCCUCAAGAAGAUAAGCUUAUUGGUCUCGUGAUAGACGAUGCUCAAAGGCAUAUGGUCGAAGCCGCUCACAGUGAGAUGAAUCGGAAGAAGCAGCCGGUGGAAGUGAUUGGGCGUCAAGUGAUUGGACUUCAAGAGAGCAAGGGAGGUUCAAGUGCCCCAGGCGAGGCUGCUCUGGACCCGGAGGAAGACGGAGCCGGGAGGCAGCUGUGGGUUGCAGAGGGGGAAGGCAGAGGGGAGGAGGAGGAAGAGGUGGGGGGUAAAGAGGAGGGGAGCAGAGAGGAGGGGAGCAGGGGGGGAGACAGGAGCAGGGAGGUGGUACCUGAGGAGGGGCUGACGUUGGAGAGAGUGCAGAAUUGGAGUGUGGAGGAGGCGAGGGCGGCCAAUGCACUUGUUGCCAGGAAGCUGGGAUUGCAGCCAUUAUGAGGGGAGGGGGGGAAGGGGGGGGCAGUGAGAGGGGUUGUAGAGUAGGGGUAUUGAUGGGAGAGCAGCGUGCGUAUGAUGCUCCCAGUCAUUCGUGUUAAAGGGGAGGCGCAAGAGCAGCCAAUGCUCGUGUUGCUCGGACGCUGGGCUUGCAACGGUUUUGGGAGCUAAAGAUUGGAGUUGCAAUCCCAUUGGAGGCUGGAGACAGCGAGUGACAUGUAUUUAAGUCGGGGUGGUGGCAAGAGCGGCCAACGCAUGUGUUGCCCGGGCUGCGGCACUAAGUGGGUGGUGUCAGAGGUGUGAAGACAGACACAUUUGUGGACAGACACAUCUGUAAACUACCGGUAUACAUGUAGUUUUGCAUGUGACAGCACUAUGAUCAUGGCACGAUUUAGGUCCUGUGCAAAGUACAUGAGGUGCUCAUGUGACUCUAUUUGUAACACUCUGUUGUUUGCUGGACAGAGUUGUGGCAGAACUAGUAUACAUUAUGAGUC